GAGUUGGGAUUCCAGCAAGGCUCCCUCAGAAAAGACCAUGUUGCUGCCUCUUGCUGCUUCUGCUUCAGCUCCCAGCAAAGCACAAACUUAUAAGAAAAAAACUUCUAAGAGGAUAAACUAUGAUCAGUUGGAUGCAUUAUGUAGCAUCAGUGGGCUACAAAACAGGAAGAAUCCACACACCACUGAAGAAGCUCAUCAAAAGUUUAUGAAACUUUAUCCCAAAAUAUUCUACCAAGAAAAGACUGUAUUGCCAGGAAUUCCUCCAACAGUCUCAAAGAGGGUACUGUCCAGUGAUUCAGUGGAUGGAAGUAAAGUAGACAAAACGUCUCACAAUAUCGGUAUUUACGUUAAAAAGAUCAAAAAUCCCAAGAAGGUGUGGCGUGAAUCUCCUGAGUUCAAGGAGAAGAUGAAUAUUCUAAUAAGGAUACUGAGAAAAAUCCCCAUUCUAAGAUCUGUCAAAGAACAUAACACAGUGUAUGAGAUGAUGAAGCUCAUUCCUGACAUCAGGGCUCAGCUUUCUGAUGAAGAACUGAGGGAACUCAGCAUGUGUACCAUCAAGGAAUACUGGGCAAAAGGAAGCACAGUUGUUGGAAAUCAAGGUUUCUAUGCCAUAUUGAAAGGCUCUGCUAGACCUCAAGCAAGGUGUUACAAAAGAAUGCUUGGAGAAGACUUUGAUUCAUCAUGUGUAGCAAGGUCAACACCUAGUCAAGCUACUAUGUUUGGUUUUUCAGGCCGAACAAUGCUUAUCAGAGGAAGUUGUUUUGGGACUCUGGAAACAGCCCCACCAAAACUGCCGCACAUCCUGCUGUCCAUCAUUACAGAAGAAAACUGCGAAAUUCUUAAAAUUUCUUCCACAGAUUAUUUGAGAAUAAAAGAGGAAAUAGCUAAGCGUGAACGAAUUGCCAAGGAAGAAUUAAUUCAUGGCUGUCCAUAUUAUCGCGACUGGCCUAUGCUUUAUGUAUUUCAGUUAAUGUCUCAUUUGAAAUGGAGGCAAUUUCCUGCAGGCUAUGUACUUUUAAAAGGAGGAGAAAUCAGUACAUUUGUAGGAUUUAUUAAAUCUGGAUACUGUAAUGUUUUCAGAGAAACGGAGGCACUUGUGAAACUACCAUUGGGGAAAAUGGUUAAACAAACCAGACAGGUUCUUGUGGGUCAGCUCCAUGAGAAACAGUCCUUUGGAGAAGUGAGCAUUCUUCUUCAGACCCCUUUCACAUGCAGAGUCGUAACAGCGACAGAUGUUAAAUUGGGCAUAAUUGAUGCCAGUGCUAUACUAGGUUUGGACGUGGUGAUUCAAAUGCUUCUCCUCCAAACAGCUGAGCCAACAUUUGAUAAUAUCACGCAAGAUGAGAUCAACUUUGAAUAUAUAAAUAAAGAGAAACACAAAGAAUGGCAGAGUGUCAAGAACAAGAUGGUGCAGGAUAUAUUGUUUCACAAUGGAAUUAUCCCUGGUUUGGGGAAAUGGACACAUGAGUGGAGUCAUCCUGCCAAGAGGGGGGAAAAAUCGACAGAACAAGCAUCGUUGAGUUGCUGUCUGAGUGACAGCAGUGUAUGAGAGGCUGGGGACUUCGGUGUAAGCCAACAGUCAUUUCAUCAAUCCUCUCCCUCUGAGCUCUUCCAGCAGCCUUCCUAGAUUAAAUCCUUCGCCCACCCUGUUUGUUUCUGUACACCAGCAUGCAGCUGUUAAUUAUUUUGGCUUGGCAACCCUGCCUUCUCCCUACCCGCCUGUUUCCUGCACUAUGACCCAUUUAAUCUUUUUGUGAUGGAAGAAAUAAAACAAGCAAGUACAUCUUUUUCUUAACAUUGAGUUACCCUGAGGACAGUUUUAACAGGUUAUUACAAACUCCAGGAAUAAGAGGAUUCUGGCUUCCUAACAAAGCACAUUUAAUUAGCCUAGUUUUUCCUCAUUGAAAACAAUAGUAAAGAAAAAGGGUAUGGUUCCCUGCGUAGAAGAACAUAUUUGUACAUAGUUGUACAGAUACUGAAUUGUGCUAUUUGUAGCUCUCUUUUGGAGCAAAAGACUUUUGUGUGAUAUUCUAAGCAUAAGGUAUUUUUGUCCAUCCACAGCUUCCCUGUAGUCUCACCUUACUUCUUCCAACUGCCUUCUAUGCCUCUAUUUUCCUGAGACUUCCAUGUCCCUCCCUUUCUCCUUGCAAUCCUAGUGAAGAACUCAGUUUUGUUCUGUCAAACACUGGAACAUCCCAUGAGGAGCAACUCAGUGUAGUGUGUAUACAAUAUUGGAAAAGACUUGUGCCAGUACCCAGCGCAGAUGUAGAAAUGUGCCCGAGAAGAGACAUGUCUGCCCACCAGGGGAUCCCCUGAGAUAGGAUGACUUUAUCAGAAAGCAUACACGAUAGGAAAAAGAGCCAUCAACAUCAAGAAAAGUGAUGAAAGGGAUAGGGAGUUGAGAACCAACCUAUUUCUUGGCCAGCCCUGCAACACAAACAUAAACCCCUAAUCGUGAAGUCCCAAAAGAUGUUAAUUCUACCCUUACUUUUGCCUCAGACAUCAACUGUUUCACACCCUUCCCUC